UCGAAACCUGGUGGGUCUCCAGGAGAGGAUAAAAGCUUUCCAUAUCAACGCACUUGGUUUGUUGUUGAAAGUCGAAGGACCAGUAAGGAUGCAAGCUCUGCUACUAACAUGCCUGUUGGCAGUGGGUUGCCUGGCUCAAACACCUUACCGAUGCAAGAGUCCUCCCCUUCUAAGUGGAAGUGUGAUGGUGUCCUCUCAGAAUGAAGCCCUUUGGGAGUCUGCCAACUUCAUUUACGAUGCUAUCGGCCAGCGGAUCAGACUCCAGGAGUUUGGAGUCUUGAACAACAAGAGCUUCAACUUGGACGCCCUGUUGUUAUACAGGGAGGGAGCCAUGUUCUUCAUAGACAAGAAGAACCGCAACUGCACCAAGAGAGCCCUGAAGGGAGACUUCCAGCCCCUGCAGGUCCCUCAGGACGCCCAGCUCCUGGGCCAGGCGGUGCUGGGUAGCUCCUCGGGGCCUGGGGAGGGACUCCUGGUCAACACCUGGGUGGGGAACAGCCCUGAAACAGGCAAGUACAUGAGCACCGUCACGGAGUUCGGCUGCAUUCCCAUCGGCACCGCGUACCACUCCGACCAAUACGGAUGGCUCCAGGUCAGCUACUACAACAACAUCAAGGGGGUCGCCGACCCAUCGAUGCUCAAUCCGCCCGAAUUCUGCAAGGGAGCCGACCUCGAGAGGGGCCAGACACCAGUGAACUUCCUCAAUCUGUUCUUCUAGGUGGGCGCUAAGGACACCCGCUCACGCUCACAGAACGGGACCGAAGAGACAAUACGGCCUAGGUGUGUUGACUCAGCAGGGAUAUUAGAGGGGAUCUACCUAAGAAUAAAUAUUAGAACUCAAUAGGCCUUCAGUAUGCCUGAGAGCCCUUAUUGUAAGUUGCCUUGGAUAAAAGAGUCUGCUAAAUGCCUUUUUAUAUUGAAUAUACUGCAUUAUAUUUGAAUUGUAAUCUGGUGCCUUAAUUUAGCUUUCCUUUACAUAAAUGAAGACAUCUCCAGUC